GGCAAGCGCGCGGUAUACACCUACGAUCCACCUUUUAUCGGCAUCGUUUCCUCUGCUCUGGCACGCGAGUCCAGCUUAGCGGAGCUUCCAGCAGGCAGAAGAGCACCGAGCAUCGUGCUGCACCCUUUGGGCCACCGUGCCACGUUCGGGCCCUGCAGUGGAAGCCGGUGAUCUCCAUCGUACCGAUCGUGCAAUCGGUCUGGUCGAGAACUCGCGGUUGUAGUUGCUUACCUAUUCAGCCUGUGGCGAAACGUUUCGCGAUUAUCUGGUCGCCACGUGACCACUUGGAACGCACCGAUUCUCUCGCUGGACAAUUAACGGAACCAUGAGGACCACAAUUCUGGUAACCUUGGUUUUAAUGGUCCUGGCAGUGGCUACGUCCCAGGACUAUAGUCAGCUGUUCGCAGGAUUCGGACCUUACCUAAGGCAACCAGCGGCGAUGCGAGACCCAAGAUCGAACAGGGGUCCAGUGCUGUUCCCUCCGGGUCCACCGCCAAAUAGCGCGGACUCCAGUGGAGUGAUAGUGGGCGCGAGCGGAUACGGAUUCGUGCCACCCAACCAAGCUUUCUACAGGUACUUUUACUAUUAACACCGGGCGAAGAAGGUAGAAUAGCAUUCGGAAGGUUGCGAGUGCUGCGUCAUCGCGGAUGAAGUAGUAUGGCGAGGAGUUCCGGAGAAACCGAUGCAUCUACAAGAAGGGACCAUUUAGAAAUCAAGAACUCCGUCUUUGUAUUAUAUUCUUUAAGUAUUAUCGCUACGUCUCGAGUGCCCGGAGACGUCUCCGAUGGCACCCAACGGCACCCUUAGCAG